AUGGAAUUGGUGCAAGUCGUGGGCAUCCGCGACCUCUUUGGCGAUGGCAGCGUCAUUGAGAGAAUCCAUGAUGAUGGUGAAGAGUAUGGCAUUUCUCCCAAGGCGGGCGAUGAACUUCAGAUCAACUACGAGCUCAGCUUCUCGGGCGCACUUCACACCCAACCCAGCCCUUUUUGGGCCCUUGGCAGGAUGGUGAGCCAUGCCGCCAAUGGGGUGCUGUGCAGCAAGGCCAUCCAGAAGAGCAUUGAGACCUUCAAGCUCAACAGCUGUGGAACGUUGGUGUGUCGUUCGGAGUACAUCCGCAAGGAGGUCCUUGGCACGUUCUGUGUUCGGAUCGGAAAUCCUAAGGACGUCCUCAUCAAGAUUCAGCUCUUGCAGAUUUAUGAAUUUGAGGAUUGUGGAAAAAAGGCCUUUUGGGAAGAGGGACUGGUCUUGAAGAAAGCCAUCCAGCCUCAAAGGUGUCGCCUUUGCCCAGGCUUCGAUGGCACCUGGUGCAAAGUGAAGCUCCUCAGCGCGAAGCUGGCAGAGGAGGAGCUCGUACAAGAGGAGGAGGAGAUUGAGACCACCGUGGGGAAAGGUGAGCUUUGCUCGGGGCCCUGUCAUGCCCGGUGCGACGCCCUGGAGGCCACCUGCGCAGCCAUGCGGAAAGGAGUGAGAGAGGUCUCCUUGGUCACUGUCAAGGACCUGACGCUGCUCACGCCGGGCAAGCCAGACCUCAAGGUGCCGGAGGGCGCCUCCGGGCCCAUCGUCUUCAAGCUGGAGAUGGUGGAUUUCGGCCUCGUGGCGGUCCAGGUGGUUGGGCAAGGGGCGGUCCAUGUCGCUCGCAGCCCUGGCCCGGAAGAGGGUCCAUCCGAGAACUUGCUCCUCUUGAACUUGGCCAAGGAUGUCAAGGCCAAAGGCUCGGAGCAUUUCAAGUUGGGGCGAUUCCGUUUGGCACAGGAGCGGUACUCGCGGGUGAUCCAGCUGCUCCCCAAGUAUCGCAAGCCCUUGGGCGCCACCACGAACACCGAGGUCUUCACAGAGUGGGUCGAGAAGAAGACGGCGGAGGAGCUGAAGCACAGCAGCCGCCUGAACUUGGCGGCCUGUGUACCUCGCAACCGGUCGGGGCGAGUCCGGAGAGAGGAGGAAGGAAAGAGGGCGCGGCCGCCAGGGCCGAGAUCAGAAUGUGACCCAGACCAUAUAUCAUAUGUGGCAGGAUUAAUGUGGCAUAUUUGCCAUCCUACAAACCAUGGAGAAGGGGUCAAUGUGGGAAUAGAAUGGCAGUCCCAUGUGCAUGGUCGUGUCUACUGUGCUUUUUCACGCGCGGUCGGUCGACCAUGUGCAUACUACCACGCGAGCGACCAGUGUUGA